GCCCCUGCUCUCCCCCCUAGGACUACAUCGACACAGAGAUGCUGCUGUGUGCAGAGAAUGUGAAUCAGGACAACCUGCUUUCUUACGCCCGGGAAGCUGCAGACUUUGCCACCAAUUACCAGCUGCCAUCUUUAGACUUCGCCAUGAACCAUUACGGGCAGCCCGAUGUGGCCAUGUUCGACUUUACCUCCAUGUAUGCCUCAGAGAACGCAGCCCUGGUGCGCGAGCGUCAGUCACACCAGCUGCUCGUGGCCCUGGUGGGCGACAGCUUGCUUGAGCCCUUUUGGCCCAUGGGCACGGGCUGUGCACGUGGCUUCCUGGCUGCUUUUGACACAGCAUGGAUGGUAAAGAGCUGGGACCAGGGAACUCCUCCCCUGGAGCUGCUGGCUGAAAGAGAAAGUCUUUAUCGGCUGUUACCUCAAACAACCCCAGAAAACAUCAACAAGAACUUUGAGCAGUACACGUUGGACCCGGGGACGCGGUACCCAAACCUCAACUCCCACUGUGUCCGGCCCCAUCAGGUGAAGCAUUUGUACAUCACUAAGGAGCUGCACCGAUCCCCUCUCGAGAGGCUGGGCUCAAUGAGGAGAUCUGUCGGCCUCUCCAGGCAGGAGUCAGACAUCCGGCCCAGCAAGCUCUUAACCUGGUGCCAGCAGCAGACCGAAGGCUACCAGCAUGUCAACGUCACCGACCUGACCACAUCCUGGCGGAGUGGCCUGGCCCUGUGUGCCAUUAUCCACCACUUCCGACCUGAGCUGAUCAACUUUGACUCUUUGAACGAAGAUGAUGUUGUAGAGAACAACCAGCUGGCAUUUGACGUGGCCGAGCGUGAGUUUGGCAUCCCUCCAGUGACCACAGGCAAAGAGAUGGCCUCAGCCCAAGAGCCUGACAAACUCAGCAUGGUCAUGUACCUCUCCAAGUUCUACGAGCUCUUCCGGGGCACCCCGCUGAGGCCUGUGGAUUCUUGGGGCAAAAACUAUGGAGAAAAUGCUGACCUCGGCGUGGCCAAAUCAUCCCUUUCUCAUAACUAUCUCAACCUCACAUUUCCAAGGAAGAGGACUCCACGAGUGGACAGCCAAACCGAAGAGAAUAAUGACAUGAACAAACGGAGACGGAAGGGCUUCCACAACUUGGACGAGCCUUCAACCUUUUCCAGCCGGAGCUUGGGCUCCAAUCAAGAGGACGGCAGCAGUAAAGAAGGUGGAAAUCAGAACAAAGUCAAGUCUAUGGCAAGUCAGCUGCUGGCCAAGUUUGAGGAGAGCUCUCGGAACCCCUCACUCCUAAAGCAGGAACAUCGCGUCUCGGGGAUAGGUAAGCCUGUCCCGUGCUCAUCCUCUGACCCUCCUGUUAACUCUCGCUGUCUCAAGCCAGAAGAGCUCACACCCAGCCCGUCACCUCCUCUGAAAAGGCAGUUCCCUUUGGUGGUUGUGACGGGGCAUGUGCUCCGAGAGCUAAAUCAAGUGUCUGCUGGUGGAGAGUGUCCGAGCCGGCCCUGGAGAGCUAGAGCCAAGUCUGACCUACAGCUGAGUGGCCCAGAAAACCGUGCUUCCCUGCCUUCUACUUGCCAGGGCGCGCUGGCCCUUUCUGGGGUGCUGCGGCGGCUGCAGCUAGUAGAGGAGAAGAUUCUCCAGAAGAGGGCUCAGAACUUGGCCAACAGGGAAUUUCACAAAAAGAACAUUAAGGAGAAGGCGGCUCACCUUGCCUCCAUGUUUGGACACGGGGAUUUCCCGCAGAAUAAACUACUCUCUAAAGGCCUGUCUCAUACUCAUCCUCCGUCUCCUCCCUCCUGCCUUUCAUCUCCUGAUCCAGCUGCCACUUCCUCUCCAUCGACUGUUGACUCUGUUUCUCCUGCCAGAAAGCUGACGGUAGGGAAAGUGUCCAGCGGAAUAGGGGCCGCAGCUGAAGUUCUGGUCAAUCUGUACUUGAAUGAUCACAGACCUAAGGCCCAGGCCACCUCUCCAGACCUGGAAACAAUUCGAAAGGUGUUUCCCCGGAACCUGGGUGGCAGUGACACCUGUUACUUCUGUAAGAAGCGCGUGUACGUGAUGGAGCGGCUGAGUGCAGAGGGCCACUUCUUCCACCGGGAGUGUUUCCGCUGCAGCGUCUGUGCUACCACCUUGCGCCUGGCCGCCUACGCCUUCGACGGUGACGAAGGCAAGUUUUUCUGCAAGCCUCAUUUCAUUCACUGUAAAACCAAUACUCAGCAACGAAAGAGACGGGCAGAGUUGAAGCAACAAAGAGAGGAGGAGGGGAUGUGGAAGGCGCAAGAAGCCCCUCGAGGAGACCCUCCCAUGGAAAGCUCUUGCGCAGCUGCCGCCAUCGUCCCGCCGGCAGGCAGCCCCCCAGUUCAUUUCAGCCUUCCAGUGCUACACCCACUUCUUGGCUGACACACUUCUGCUCUGAGAGUCUCCCUCCCUUUAUAGAGUGUCAACCAAAGAGUGCCCUCCUCCCCUCUCAGCCUCGUGCAUAGCUAGCCUCCCCCAUCUCAUCGAAAUGCAUGGUUGUGACCUUUGGUAGUCAUUCACGGUGCCACCUGGAACCCUGUAUUUUGCACACAGCAAACAAUGUUUAGUUUUAUUUAUGGUAUUCGAUGCUGUAAAUGAAAAUAAAUAUGGUUCUUUAUAAAG